AUGGCCGCAAUUGCUGAAAACUCGUCCAAUUCCUUGGACCCCAAUCACUCUGGCGGUGCUGCGGGUGACAUCCCCAACGACGGUACUGGCGUUGUGAAGCUCGAUCCUUGGCUGGAGCCCUUCAGCGAAGCCCUCAGAAGACGCUUUUCUAAAACUCAAGAUUGGAUCAAGACCAUCAACGACACCGAAGGUGGCCUUGAGAAGUUCAGCAGGGGCGCUGAGAAAUUUGGCUUCAACGUCGAUGCUGAUAACAACAUUAUCUACCGUGAAUGGGCGCCUAAUGCCACUGCCGCGUUCCUGAUCGGCGACUUCAAUAACUGGGACCGCAAUGCUCAUCCCAUGGCCAAGAACGAUUUCGGCGUCUUCGAAAUUACAAUUUCUGCCCAAGGUGGACAGCCUGCCAUUCCUCAUCUUUCCAAAGUCAAGAUCUCGCUCAACUUGCCCAAUGGUGAGCAUGUUGAUCGACUCCCGGCUUGGAUCAAGUACGUGACACAGGAUUUGUCUGUGUCUCCCGCAUACGAUGCUCACUUCUGGAAUCCUCCAGCCUCCGAGACAUACAAGUUCAAAAACGCCCGGCCCAAGAAGCCUGCAAGUGUUCGUGUGUAUGAGGCGCAUGUCGGAAUUUCCAGCCCUGACCAACGGGUUGCGACUUACAAGGAGUUUACCAAGAACAUGCUUCCACGAAUUAAGAACCUAGGUUACAAUGUGAUUCAACUGAUGGCUGUGAUGGAACAUGCGUACUAUGCCAGCUUUGGCUAUCAAAUCAACAACUUCUUCGCUGCUAGCAGUCGAUACGGUACUCCCGAGGACCUCAAGGAGCUCAUUGAUACCGCACACGGCCUCGGAAUUACCAUGCUACUCGAUGUUGUUCACAGCCACGCUUCCAAGAACGUGCUCGAUGGCAUCAACGAGUUUGAUGGUACCGAUCACCAUUACUUUCAUGGUGGCGGCAAGGGCCGACACGAUCAAUGGGAUAGCCGGCUUUUCAACUACGGCCACCAUGAGGUGAUGCGGUUCUUGCUUAGCAACUUGCGUUUUUGGAUGGACGAGUACCAAUUCGACGGUUUUCGAUUUGACGGAGUUACCAGCAUGCUAUAUGUUCAUCAUGGCAUGGGCACGGGCUUUUCCGGUGGCUAUCAUGAGUACUUCGGCGCAGAUGUUGACGAGGAGGCUGUUGUUUAUAUGAUGCUUGCAAAUGAAAUGCUGCAUGCACUCUACCCAGAGGUCAUCACCAUUGCUGAAGAUGUCUCUGGUAUGCCGGCACUUUGCCUGCCACUUUCUCUUGGUGGCAAAGAACUCAAGGAUGAUGAAUGGGACAUUGGCAACAUCUGCCAUACGCUUACCAACCGUCGACACGGCGAGAAGACUAUCGCCUAUGCUGAGAGCCACGACCAGGCGCUUGUUGGUGACAAAACACUCAUGAUGCAUCUAUGUGACGCUGAAAUGUACACCAACAUGUCUACUCUGUCGCCCCUGACUCCUGUCAUUGAUCGUGGUAUGGCACUCCACAAGAUGAUUCGACUUGUGACACAUGGCCUCGGAGGAGAGGGAUAUCUGAACUUUGAGGGUAACGAGUUUGGUCACCCCGAGUGGCUCGACUUCCCGCGUGAGGGCAACAACAACUCAUUCUGGUAUGCUCGGCGACAGCUCAACCUUACGGAUGACCCCUUGCUCCGAUACAAGUUCCUGGAUCACUUUGACCGCUUGAUGAACCAGACUGAGGCCAAAUAUGGUUGGCUCCACGCGCCACAGGCGUAUAUCUCAUUGAAACAUGAAGGUGACAAGGUCAUUGUGUUUGAGCGCGGUGGUCUGGUCUUUAUCUUUAACUUCCACCCAACCAACAGCUUCAGCGACUACCGUAUCGGAAUUGAUGUCGCAGGAACUUACCGUGUCGUUCUCAACACAGAUAGCAAGGAUGUUGGUGGUCACAACCGUGUCGAUGAGAACACCCGAUUCUUCACUACCCCUAUGGAAUGGAACAACAGGAACAACUGGACUCAUAUCUAUAUUCCCUGCCGAACUGCUUUGGUUUUGGCUCUUGAGUCCACAAUUUCCCAGCAGUCCUGA